UUAUUUUCAAGAGUGUAUCUGUGUGCAGGUGGCCAGCCCCCAGCGUGUGAAAGGGGCUCAGCAUGGCCACACCUGCGUGUGCAGUCUGGACUUCAGUGCCUGGGAUUUCCCAGUCCAGAGGUUUGAAGAGACGGAAAAGAUGAUAGAGAAGUGCCAGGACUCCUUGGGGGAGCUGCAGGCACAAGUGAACUUCACUGAAUUUAAAGUUCCUGAAAUAUCAGGCACACUGGAGAACAUCGUUGAGCGUCUGCACCGCUUUGAGCACCUCAAUAAGAAAGGCCUGUACAACGCCCUCAACUUCCGCCUGCUGGACUACGAGCUGCAGGAGCUGGAGAUGCGGAUCAAGGGCGCUCACCAAAACGAGGAGGUGGACCCCUCCAAGAGCCGGGAACUGACUAACGAGCUGAGCUCCAUCCGGGAGAAGGUGCAGGGCCUGCAGAAAUUUGACAAGUUUAACCUGCUGGCGCUGAAGGAGAAUCUCCGCACCCUGAGAAACCGCCUGGAGUCCUGCAGGACCCUGGACAGCAACCACCUUGGUCAAUGUUCCAGACGCCUGCUGUCCAACAUCAGCUCCCCUGUGGUCACUCAGCUCAGUCCUUUUGGCAAGUCAUACCCCUUUGGCUCCUGGGGCAAAGAAACUAUGGAGGGGAAAAGAGCGACUUACUGGGUUCAGCCACUGGUGAAUAGCAACAAAUAUGGGAAUGUCCUGCGUACUUAUGCCUCCUACACAGAUUUCAUGUUUUCAAAGAACCAAAAUGACUUCACUGUGACCUCUUCCCACUCCUCGACCAACGCCAUCCAAGGUCCUGGUUCUGUCUUGUAUGAUGAGGCUUUCUAUUACAACUGCUACAGGACGGCCAAUCUCUGCAAAUAUGACCUGAAGUCCAAGACCAUCCUUCAUGCUACCUUGCCUGGAGCUGGCUUUAACGACAAGUUCCCCUACUGCUACUACAGCUGCUAUGAUUCCACAGAUAUAGACUUCGCAGCUGAUGAAAAAGGAUUGUGGGUAAUCUAUGCCACAGAGGAGAACUAUGGAAACAUGGUGGUGAGCAAACUCAACACCUCCAGCCUGGCUGUGAUCCAGACCUGGAGGACCAGGCUGUUCAAGAAGUCGGUGACCAACACCUUCAUGGUGUGUGGAGUGCUCUACGCCACCCGCUAUGUCAACACCUACCGAGAGGAGGUUUUCUAUGCAUUCGACACAAAAACAGGCCAUGAAACCAAUGUCUUGAGCCUGCCAUUUGAGAAGAUCUCUGGUCGCAUCCAAAAUCUGCACUACAACCCCAGAGACCAGCGCCUCUACCUUUUCAACGAUGCCUACAUGAUGGCCUAUGAGCUUUUCUUCUAAAAGUUCCCUUCAAGGACAAUAAUGACCUUGAGGCAGGAGGUUGUUGAAUGUUUAAAUGUGUCCAUAAUAAACCAUGUGAGAAAAUGUAAAUGUCAUGUUGGUCAUGUAAAUCAAGCUGUGCUCAUUUUACUGUGCUUUUCAAUGCUGUCUUACAUGAAAUAGAUAUUAUGAAAAAAGAAACGUAACUAUAUCACUAUAAUAUUUUGUCAGUACCUCCACCUCUACAGUGAUGCUACCAUGAUGGUUUAAACAUUUCUUUUACAAAAUGGUUAUUUUAUAAAUGUUGUGUGCAUCUCUCA